AUGGCGCUCAAGGAAGGCAAAACAAUCGAGUUGAUGAACUUCUUCCACUUCAAAGGCUCUGAUAUGGUUCUAAGACAUGUCACUUUGACCGGGAUUUCACGCGCUAGUAAGAUAGGAGAGUUAUUGCCAGAGAUCUGGACGCUGGAUGUGAAAGCGAACCAAUUAGCGGAUGUGAUCUCAGGGAUCGCGCCGGUGCGAUUGGUGGUGAAUCUGGGGGUGGGGAUUGCGGAUCUGGUGCUCCUGCCAAUGGAGGAGAUGAAGAAGAAAGAUGGCCGGGAGUCGCGGGAUCCAGAAAGGCACGAGCUCAAAGCCGAGGCUAUCCUCGGCGCAUCCACGGUCAAUCAUCCCCUUCGGGGCGAAACUAUCGACCACCAUCUGCCCCCAAACCCGGCUGCUCCGUCUUCCAAUCCCUCUCUCCAUCAUCAUCUGGAACAGGCUAUGCAAAUGUAUGAAAAAUACAAGCUAGAUGUUCAGUUGUUUGCUCCUGAAUCUCCUGCUGCUUCCCUCGCCAUUGCUCCCCAACUCUCACACACCUUCCUUGUUUCUUCUCAUCCACAUCUCCAGCUGUCCCUUACCGACAGCAAUUUUUUCUUUCCUCCCACCCACCCUUCUUGGAAGAAGGUAGCGCUAGCUCCCAUCUUCUCCGCUGCCAUGCCGGCGGCACCUGUUUCUCUCUGCUCCAGGAGGAAAAAACUCACCCGUCACUAG